AGGAACCUUUGGAACCCAGGAAAGGGUAGUCCUGUCCUUGGCUACCUUCCUUCCUCACCCACUCACUUAGUCCAGUGGAGGCUGGACUAAGAAUAGAUUAUGAGAGUGGUGGUCGCCCCAAGUCUCCUGCCUGUUGCUGCUGGUCCCCAGGCCAGCCCCUUUGACAGCACAGGGGAGGCAGAUGAGGCAACUGCUGCUUUAUCUGGCCUGGGUGAGUGGGGAGCCACGCAGCCUGGCAGACAAGCCCCUGUUGUUUGCCAGUAGCCAUGGGUUCUGGCAUUUUGUACCAAGCUUCUGUGCUAACUCAUGGAAAGGAACCAGUGAAUCAUUGGCUCAGAAAGGGAUUUAAAAAUAUCACUGGGUUCCCUCAGCUCUGUUUGACACCUGAGGAGACAGGCCUAGAGAAGUACGGCGAUAAGGUAAGUAGAGUCAGGAUUUGAGUCUGGAUCUUCUAGUGUGACGUCAUGCUCUUUUCCGAGAUCCUUUUCUGCUGCACAGGAGGGAACCCUGGUGUAAAAAAGCAUGAGCUCUGGGACGGCCAGACCUUGGCUUCGUCUGUGCUUGUGGGUUGUGUAUUUUGUCAAAGUGGCCUGGGGCUGGACCGUCUGUCUCCUCCUGCCUUUCAUUGCCCUCACCAACUACCACCUGACAGGCAAGGCUGGCGUGGUCCUGCGGCGGUUGAGCACCCUGCUUGUGGGCACGGCCAUCUGGUACGUCUGCACAGUCAUCUUCUCCAGCGUUGAACACUACACGGGCAGCUGCUACCAGUCCCCCGCCCUGGAAGGGAUCAGAAAGGAGCCCCAGGAUAAGCAGCAGUGCCACCGGGAAGGGGGCUUUUGGUAUGGCUUUGACAUCUCAGGCCACUCCUUCUUGCUGACCUUCUGUGCCCUCAUGAUUGUGGAGGAGAUGGCUGUGCUGCACGAGGUGAAGACGGACCGAAACCACUGCCUCCACACCACCAUCACCACCCUGGUGGUCGCCCUGGGCUUCCUGACCUUCAUUUGGGUGUGGAUGUUCCUGUGCACUGCCGUUUAUUUCCACAACCUGUCCCAGAAAGUGUUUGGCACCCUGUUCGGUUUGCUGGGCUGGUAUGGCACCUACGGGUGUUGGUAUCUGAAAUCUUUUUCCCCAGGACUUCCUCCCCAGACCUCUAGUUUGAAUUUGAAGCAAGACAGUCAUAAGAAAUAAAAAAAAGAAACAAAAGGAGUGACAGCAGGACAAUGGGUAAUAUAUUUUUCUUAAUUAUUUGACUAAAUUAUUGAUCCUACGUCAGAGAGGAAGCUUACCAGGCAGUUUUGGUGGGUGAUGGCGGAGUCUGGGGAGUGACUGGCGACGUCACUGUGUGUCCCAAGCACCGCCAUUUCCCGUUAGGCACUUUUUGUCCCUGGCAAGACUUGACCUUAAUCUGGACUGUCCGUUUUGUCCCUAGAGGGCACUUAGGCUCAGGGAGAGUGCAGAAUCAGGAAAGCCGCCUUUGUGUGGCUGAAGGGGAGGCCAGCAUCUCAGGACUCCUCUGCCGCCUUUGUUCUCUCCCUGAUUCUAGUUUCCUUUUGUUUUGGUGACGGUUGAUGCUGUUAUUUAACAAUAUUUCUCUCGGGACAAAAUAACCAACUGUUGCCUGAAAGACAAUGGUUUUAGUAUUUGUUUCAUCUGUGGGCUGUUAACUAUUACAACUGGCUUAUGAUUAGCUAUCAAAACACUUAAACUGGAGUGCCUCUCCUAGUGAAUAUUGGAUGAACAGUGAUCAUUUUCCAUCAUGUUAUCUGCUACAUAUAUUGGUGUCAAUAAGGCUAAGGUUUCUUUCGUAUAUUUUGAGUGAAUGCUUUAUAGUUUUUGAUAACAACUGUGCAUUUGUUCUUUGUUGACAAAACUGAAAAUAACUCACAACUCCACUGCUGCACUUUGGCACAUGUGUGUAAAUUGCUUCGAGGGGGUUGUUUUUAGAACACUAGCUUUUUAUAAACCAAACUCUUGGCUUAUGGUAUUAAAUUCCACCUGUGAGGCUCUUUUCCUGUUAAGAAUAAAAUCAGGAAGUAGACAUUUUAAUAACAACUUGAUCAAUUUUAAGCCAAGUCAGAGUAAUUUUACAAAAUGCGCAAUUGCACUGAAACUUUCCUGACCACAUGUCAUUGGUAUAAACUGACCUGUGCUUCAGAGUCAUGUGUAUGUUGAUCAUUAGCUGUGGCCUGAGGCAUUUUUCCCUUUUGGAUAUGAUUAUGAUAAGUCAGAAGUGAAGGAGAAUGUUCUCCAUUGCCUUUGAUGGCAAGACACUAAGCUGUUUGCACAGGUGUCCUUAUCAAAUGGUGGCAUGACUUUGGUUCCACCCUCCUCUUAUCUGUACCACCAUCAAAGGCAAACCAAACCUCUUCUCUUGGUCUUGAAACCACCUUUUCUGUCCCCUUUGCAGCCCUUCUCAAUUUCCCGCCCUGUGGUUCUGUGGUCCUGACCGUGAGAAUGCUGGGAAGGAUUAGAAAUCCUGUCACCUCCGCCUCACAAAGGCACAGUUAUAUGCUCUGUGAUAAGACACCCCCUUCCCCUCCCUCAGGCUGUCUCCUUAAGCCUUUCAAACAGAACCCCUUGCAUAUUGGAUAAUCCUUUGAAGCUUCUUUGACGCCCCCAUGACCCCCCAGUUAAUAGCAUACAGAUGAGCACUGCACUCUCUGGCUUAACUCAGGCUGAGGUUGUUAGGAGCUUGCGCUCUGGAAAACCUUCAGGGGUAAAUCAUGUUUCAUACAGGAUAUAUUUACAAUAUGAAGUUUGUAUCCCCUGUGUACCCAGUUGAGCUGCAAGUUACCUUGUAUCAAUCAAAAUGUGAGGUGGCCCGGGGCUGGUGUGGCUCAGUGGUUGAGCAUCAACCUAUGAACCCGGAGGUCAGGGUUUGAUUUCCCAUCAGGGCACAUGCCCGAGUUGCCAUCUUGAUCCUCAGUGUGGUAUUUGUAAGAGGCAGCUGUUUGAUGAUUCUCUCUCACCAUUGAUGUGUCUAUCUCUCCCUCUCCUUUCCUCUCUGAAACCAAUUUAAAAAAAUGUAUUAUAUAAAAAAAAAAAAAAGUGAAGUGUGUUACUUUGUACCCGAAGAAGGUAACAGAAACGCUGGCAAUGAAAUUUGGAGGUGUCACCCUGGUGCUUGGGAGCAUUGGAAAAGGGCAGUGGCCCCAGGAGAUUAGUUUUGCUCUGUGGAGUGGGAGUGGGGUGGAAGUGGGGGUGGAGUAGGUAGCAGGAACUUGUGGAAGGGAUUGAAAUCUCUCCAAAGUUUCAUGUUCAGCACCAAAAGGCAACAGGCACAAGGUGACUCCAGAAGUUCAUUUGUCACACUUAAAUCUCUAGACAUUUUUCUCGUCUGGAUCUGAUUUAAGCUCAGCAUUAAAUAAUUCUGCAGGAGGGGAAAAAAAAAAAAAAACCUCUGCAGAAAGUAUCCAUUACGGAGCCUUGUACAUCGAUUAGUCUUCCACUGCUUCCUGAUCAUUCUUAGCACCCUUGCCUUUGUCUUGGGAGCGUGCCUUCUGUCCCUAUGUGAGACACUUUGGUGCAGCUGAGUUUGGGUGUAAGCCAAUGAGAUGUGGGUUCAACUCUUGACAUCACUGCUGAGAGCCAUCUGACCGCGGGCAAGCCUCAUUUUCCUCGUGUAAUACAGAGGUGACACUGUUAGGACUCAGGGACAUGAUGCGUGUAAAAUGCCCAGCGCAUGUAUGGUCCCCUACCCCUUUUUCUUGAUUAAGCCGUUUCAAACUUUUUGGCUCCUCCAGAGAAUGCAGGGAAACUAACAUCUUUUGAAUGGCAUUUGGGGGUCUGUGUCUCCUUGUUGAAAUAAGCUUCAUUGUCUUUUGAAAAGUGUGCUGUCCCCAGGCGCUGAACAAGAGGCUUUUGAGGGCAUCUGUGAUCCCAGAAUACUGCCAUGCUGGUCGUGCCUCUCCACAUGGAGGUUCAUUCCCUGACGCCCCGUUUUCCAUGUGCAUCUGUCAUAGUCUGAGUACCAGAUUGUAUUUAGAGAAUGACUCUUGCCACUGUUAUAUACACACAGGUCCUAUGUGUAAACAAGCAAAUUAAGUAAACAGGAGAUAAUGAAAUACCA